AUGUUCCCUCGAGCAGAUCACUUAUGUUGGGGAGCCGAGAAGCAUGGGAUCUUCUCCGUCAAGUCGGCUUACCGUUUACUAUCCAAUCUUAGGGAUCAAGUGCAACUGCGUGCCUCUUUGUCUAGAAGCCAUAGCUGGGAGGAGAUACCCCCAUCAGUCUGGAAACGAAUAUGGGGCUAUAAGACUCUGCCUAAGAUUAAGUCCUUCUUAUGGAAAUGUUGUGCCCAGGGUGUUCCUACAAGAGAUAAUCUCACUAAGAGGCAAAUCCAUGUUGACCCAGGUUGUAUUCGAUGUGGAGGAUCAGCGGAGACCAUUGAUCACUUACUGCUUGACUGCCCUUUUGCUAGAGCCACCUGGUUCGACAGUAAUCUGUCCUUCAUAGUGCCUUCCCAUACUUCGCUCAAGCUCUCUCACAUUCUAUGGAUUUGGAAGGAGUAUAACUUCCCUUCCAAGAAGGAUGAAGAGGAAACGUUGGCUUUGUUCUUUUUCGUCUGCUGGUAUCUGUGGUUGGCGCGUAAUGAAUUAGUGUUUCACCAGAAUGCCCAGGAAGCACAAGAUGUUUUCCUUCGUGCUCACCGGGCUUUUGCAGAAUUCCAGCAGGCUAGUUGGGCUGUGACUCCACCUGAGCCCACCAACACUCCAACUGUUCAACCACAGGUCCCUCCCCCUCCAGGAGCUCUGAAGCUUAACUACGAUUUCUCUGCUACUCAAAAUUCCAAGGGAGUUAUAGGCUUCAUCAUCAGAACUGCGGAAGGAACCCCCAUAAUGGGUGUUUCGGAACCAGUUACUUCUCCUUCAAUUUUAUGGGGCGAGGCCCAAGCAGUUCUCAGUGGUCUUCAAGCAUGUGUGGAUGCUCAUUUAGACAAUAUUAUGUUGGAAACGGAUAAUGCCACACUGGCAUGGCGAUUAGGAGUUGGAGGAAUUCUAAGAGAUCACAAUGGGCGAUCUAGAUGCUGCUUCGCUUAUUACAUAGGUGUAGGAUCAAACUUCAGGGCGGAAAUUGAGGGUCUGCUCAAUGGCAUACAACAGGCGAUACGGCUGCAGGUGAAGUAUUUGUGGAUUGAAAGCGAUUCGGCUGCGUUGGUGAGUUAUGUGGACAAUAAUUCGCUUCCUUGGGAAUUUCAGCAGAGAUGGAGGUUUUACAGUGGCUACCUUGCAAAGGUGGUGUGGAGGAUAACCCAUUGUUUCUGA